CUAUGCACCUGCUGAGGCGAAAAAGGAUCGGAGAGUUUUGAUGCUUCGGGAGAGUGGUCUGUCUGUCAGGAGCGCCGCAGAAGUUAUUUUUUCAACCGAGUUUUAAAGGAAAAGUAUUGGAAUAGACAGAAAGGAAUGGAUUUCUCGAUAUCCCACCUCUGCUCUGUAUUGAUUAUUCUCAUUGCAGGUGUAGCCCAUUGCCUGGAGAUUACGUCCCAGGGGCCCACGUCCAUAGAGAAGGCCAGCAGUGAGAGCGUCAAGCUGGACUGCCAGUUCUCUCUGGCCCCCGAGGACUCUGGCCCCCUGGACAUCGAAUGGAGCCUGCUGGCCUCUGACAACCAGAAAGAGGAUAAAGUGGUGAUCCUAUACUCUGGGGACAGGGCCUAUGAGGACUACUACCCUGCAGUGAAGGGGCGAGCCCACUUUAACUCAGCCGACCCGAAGAAUGGUGACGCUUCCAUCAACUUGACGGGUCUGAAGUCUAGCGACACUGGGACCUACCAGUGCAAGGUGAAGAAGGCCCCGGGCAUCCGCAGCAGGAAGAUGCUGCUGACUGUCAUGGUGAGGCCGUCCAAGCCCAGAUGCUCUGCCGACGGCCCCACCCUGGAGGGUACGGAUGUGGUCCUGAGGUGUACGUCCAGUGAGGGGACCAACCCCCUGCAGUACACCUGGGAGAAGACCAGCGACAACAAACUGCUGCCUGCCUCCGCCGUGCUAGACCCUGUGGGAGGCACCAUGAAUGUAAGGAACGCGUCCACCAGCUCCUCAGGAACCUACCGCUGCACAGCUAAGAACCACGUGGGCAUGGAGGAGUGUAUUCUACAGCUUGGCAUCACUCCCCCCCCCAACACUGCUGGUAUCAUAGCUGGAGCCAUCAUCGCUGUUCUGCUGGCCCUCAUCAUCAUCGCCAUCAUCCUCUUCUGCUGCUGCCGCGCCCGCAACAGGAAGAAGUACGAGAAGGAGAUCUCCUACGAGAUCAGAGAGGACGUCCCUCCUCCGAAGAGCCGCGUAUCGACGGCCCGCUCCUUCACCAGCGUGGGCAGCCAGCGCUCCUCCCUGGGCUCCAUGUCCCCCUCCAACCUACACGAGUACGCCCUCAAGCCCCAGUAUGACAAAAUCCCCUCCGUGGAGGAGUAUGAGAGGCCCCCCAGCCACGCACCCCUGCCCCCACCCGUCGCCAGCAAGAUGGCCGGCCCCAACCUCAGCCGCAUGGGCGCCAUCGCCGUCAUGAUCCCCGCCCAGAACAGGGACGGCUCCAUUGUUUAGUGUAAGAAACAGAAAGAUGGAGGGAAAGACCGGGGGACACUAAGCCAGAGAGGUGGGGUGGCUUGGCUGGGCAGCCAGAUUCUACCCUCUACCACUCACCACCAACUGGGACCCCCACUCUGCUUUAUGGAGGUUUGGGUGUGGUGUUGUACUGAGGAGAAAAGAGAAGCAGUAUUGUACCAUGUCACCCACUAUGAACUAUUUACUGUUGACAAAAAACAGAUGCUUUUAUGAAUUUUACUUCCUGAACUUUCUCACACAUGACAAUUAUGAAUUCUAGGCUGGGUACAUUUUAAUGGUGAAUUCACACAGGUUUCUUUGUACAUAGUUGAAUGCAUGAUGUUUUUUAAAUCUAGCCGGCCCUGUGCAUAGAGAGUUGUGUUCAGAGCGGACCAAGGUCUCUGAUUGGCCUGUUGUGUACCAUGUAGAGUAUUACAGCUUGACGUGUAUGUUUCUGGGAAAAGUACAGUUCUACUCUACUUUCUUUGGAUGAAAUACUCACGGAGUGAUCAAACAUGUUUGAUCAAUUCACUUCUGAAACACACAGCUUAUCUCAAGAAUAGGGGUUGCCGAAGGGAUUUUAGAGUUCUGCUUUUCAAAAUAAUGAUUUGUCAAGUAGUUACCUUUUUAAAGAUGUUCAUUCCACUGGUUGGACUGUGGCUGAUGUCAUGGCCAUGUUUGCCAGCCCUGAGAGAAAUUGGGUCAGCUGGUUAUUUCGACAGUUGACCGUUUUGAAAGGUCCAGCUUGGUCUGGAGGGGUGGACAGGGUAAUGACACGGAAGGGGGAGGUCAGACCUCUACAUGUUGUGAUUAGUGUAUUGUAUCUUUGCCAGGUUUACAUCCCACCCCUCAAGUUCCUACAACAGGCAGUGUUUUGGGAGGUGCGGGGUGAGGUUCACUGAACAAUCAUAUUUGAUUGUGUUUGACUGCCACCAGCCCCUCUGACCCCACCAGUACACCCCUUCCCAUCCCCUACACUGUAUGGUAUUAUUAACCCGCUCUGGUGUUUAACCAUCAAACCCCUGAACAAAAUGGUACAUUUGUAACUGCACACUCAGGAUUCAAUAUCUCCAUGAAACAACUUUCUCAAUGGUCAUUAUGAAGUCAAAAAUGUUUAGUGGUUCAUUCAUGCACCUCUAUUCAUGAAGGAUAAAUGAAGGAUGAAGUAUGUACAGUAUAGUAAUUUCCAUGAUAUAUGGAAGGAAGUGAGUGUUGAGGGGAAGAAGAAGAUAUUAGAAUAGUGAGCCACGGGUGUUAGGUGUCUGCUGCACCAACACCACAGUAACUGUUUUCCAGGGUGUCUAUAAUGCACCCAUGCUCUCUCACUCUGUCACAUACUCACAGCCCCCCAGUCAGUGCUUCAGCUCAGCCCAGAUGGAGUGUUUCUGUGACAUCAGUGUUCUUGUGCCUUGUCUGUACUGACUUGUAUCACAUACAUACUGUUACAGCCACAGGCCUGUGUGUGUGUGUGUGUGUGUGUGUGUGUGUGUGUGUGUGUGUGUGUGUGUACCCAGGCUGGGCUCUAGUCUUCUACCGUUGCUAUGCACUGUACAUGUAUGUUUUGUAGCCAGCUGUCGUUGUAUGAUACAUGACACAAUAGUUGGCUACAGAACAUGCAGUAUGUCUGUAGUACGAGACCCACAUCGGCAUGACAACUAGUCCACUGUUCCCGGUUCUGGAUCCUGUGUAAAUCCACAUCAACUGAGUGGCGGUUGGUUGCUUUAAUUCCCCAUCCGAAAUGGGUUCUUUUCAUUGACAUUCGCUCCAUAUUCAAACAUUAGCAAUGUAAAAAACAACAACAAAAACAGUUGACUCACAGUUGUUACUUCUUUUUUAGUUUUAAAUGCAUUAUUUGAGUUUUCUUUUUUUGUAUUAUGAUGAAGGCUUUGUUUGUAUGUGUAAAUAUACUGUAAAAGUUACACUAUCUCUAGAACUAAUCCCACCACACUUCCUCUAAUGCCCUGUAUGUAUGAUGAUGCUCUGCCGUGCUUUGCUUGGUUAAUGUGUGUCUAAAACCUGAUCGAUGGGUCUUGUAAAUAACAGUGGAGGGUGAAAGUCCACUAAUGUUAAUUCAGGUGGGCACCACUGGGAUUCUACUGCAGCCAUGUUUCAAUAUCCACAUUAGCGUAUUCAUUCGGAUGAAGCAAUAGCAUGCAUUGUAGAUAGUAUACUAGUAUGGUUAAUGAAACACACACAGACUGUGUGUGUAUGAAAUAGAAAGUAGUAGAUUUGAGGUGGAUGAAGUGGAGGAGACCGGUGAAGACCUCUCGGAGUUGUGUCCUUACGCCUCUCCGUGUUGUGGCAGGUGUAACCUCACACAUGGGGACAGCAGCCACAUCCGAGACAGGACGUAAAGUGAAACCCACCCCGGACAUUACCCCGAAGUGAAAAACCUGUCAGCUCUCUCGAAGCCCAGGGAACUGUGUGUUGGUGUGUGUCUUUACUGUCUGGAUUUGUCCCCAAUAUAGUAUUUUAGUAGACCCCCAACUGCUGACAAACUACAGAGCCAUUAGGGAGGUAGUCAUGUUGUACAGUCCCUCUCAACUCAGAAAACGAAUAAGUACUACUAACAUGGUAUUAACUGUAGCUUUUAAAACUAGUGUACUAAUAUUGUAUGAAGAUUUUUAUUUGGUGGUUUGUUUGCACAUUGUGUGAUCAUACCUGGUUUUAUUUUUGUGCGUGUAUUUUUUUGUGCUGUAUUUUUAAAUAAUAAAGGACACAAAAUGAAAGAAAUAAUAACAUUAUUU